AUGGUUCAAGCUUUUAUGGCUAAUGUUAUUUAUCCGAAUAAACAUGAAGAAGAACAAUAUAGAUAUACGAAUGAUGAUCAUUUUCUUGUUACUGAAAUAUAUGUUGAUGCAAGUGUUGAAACAUUUGAAUCGGAAAUCUUUCGUAAUGAUAUACCAUGUCGAUUUAAAAUUGUUCUUGAAACAGUUCAAUAUUUAAUUGAUAAUAUCGAGCGAACACUUCAACAAUCAAUUGAAAUUGAAGAAAAAUUAUCUAUUGAUUUAAUAGAAAAUUUAUCUGAUAUAAAAGAAGAUAUUCUACAACGAUUACAACAUUUAAAAAAUCUUCCUAAUCUUCUUGAAAAUUCAAAUAUAUAUCAUUUAGAUGUUGAUGAUAUGUCUCCAAAUAUAAUUUUAACAAAUCGUUUGCAACCAUCAGCUAUUGUUGAUUCAACAAUAUGUGCACAAUGUGAUUUAAAUCGUCCAAAUGCACGUUGUCAGCGUAAAAUCGAUUGGAUAUGGCGUGGAACUUGUGUUCCGGUUACACGUAGUGAAGUACAACGAAUUCAAUUACAACUUGGAAAUGAACGAUUUUCAUUUAAUGGACAAACGAUUGAAAAAAAAUUAUUUACAGAUAUAUCAAAGAAAGCUAAUAAUAAUACUGUAUCAUUUCAUGAAUUACCAGAAGAUAUUCAAUUAUCAAUUGAAUGUAAACGUUUAGCUGAUUAUUGUCUUUAA